UAAAUUCACAAAAUUUACGCUUUUCAUAAAAAAUAUAAUAAAACAUGAGUCUAGCUCAGGCAAUUGCCGCGUUAAGACCUGCUUGUUACCGCUAUCAUUGAUUGACUAAAUACGGUUUAACUCAGUUUCUCUCUUGCUACGUAAUUAUAAUAUAGUACUGUAUAAGUGCAUAUACACAUAUACACAUAGUGCAAAAUUCAAAAACUCUGAUUAGUACACGGCGAAAUGAAUGGGGUUCACCCCCCCAACAGGAAUAGGUUCCGAGACCUAGAUCCCGAUGUAAACCUCUCUGGCAAAAAGACUCACGGUAAACGACUAAGGACUGAUGAUUUCACACCACUUCCGGAAACUACGCAGAACGACGACCAUAUUCCACGGUAUCUUAUUGCUUCAGCAACAGGUCCAAAAAUUGGAGAAACUGCUACUGGUAUAGCGCAGGUAACACGUCCAUUAGCUUCAUACAAUGUUUUUCAAAUUGAAAAAGGGCUCAAACACAUAAGCACCGAUUAUACGGAAGUUACGGAACUUAAAUCUGGAGACCUACUUAUCAAAGUUAGCAACUUAAAGGCAGCCGAUAAAUUUAUUAAAGCGACACACAUCGAUUUAGUACCAGUGAAAAUCACUUCCCACAGGAGCCUGAACUCCACACAAGGCCGAAUUUUUUCAAAAAACAUAAUUCACCUUACGGAAACAGAAUUAGUUGAAGGAUUGGCAGGUCAAAAAGUCAUCGAAAUUAAAAAAUUAUCCAAAUUGAUAAACGGAACGGAAACCCCAACAGGUGCA